UUUUCAGAAAUAUCCUACAGUCGUCUGGUAGUUCACUUUCUGAAAGAACAUGAAUCUGAUAUUAUCUUGUGCAGUUGUAUGCUUGGCAUUUGCUAUGACCUUUCUCACAGGUCCUACGAUUGUGGCAAACGCCAAGCUCGUGGGUGACUGUGACUCAAACGAGCAGUGUAAUCAAGGAGAAUUCUGUAGUAUGGGGAUGUGUAUCUCCAAGCAAGGGCUGGGUCAAGUUGAGCGUAGAAGUGCAUCAAGCGAUGAAGAUUCAUCAGACUCAGAUUCAUCAGACGCAGAUUCAUCAAACUCAGAUUCAUCAGACUCAGAUUCAUCAGACUCAGAUUCAUCAAACUCAGAUUCAUCAGACUCAGAUUCAUCAGACUCAGAUUCAUCAAACUCAGAUUCAUCAGACUCAGAUUCAUCAAACUCAGAUUCAUCAGACUCGGACCAAGAUGAAGAUUCAUCAGACUCGGACUCAGACGAAGCAGUCCCGUCAUGUCCAGCGGGGUGGAUCUUGUACAAUACUACCGGUAGUUGUUACCUUUUUAAUACAACUGCUGCAGUGACUUGGGAAGAAGCUCGUGCUAUCUGCAACGAAAUUGGUGGCUAUCUGGUGGAGAUCGAUACUGAAGCCGAAAACAAUUUCCUGGCUAUGCAAGAUAAUGAUGGUUUAUCCUUCUGGAUUGCCUUGAAAAAUACCGGUCCGAAUAUUGAGGACCUCCAUUGGGCUGGAUCAGGGAACCAAGUGACUUUCAGCCCUUCUAAUUUUUUUCCUGGUUCUCUUGGAACAUGCAUCAUCAUCUUCGAUGACGGCACACAGCAAGGGACAUGGAUUGGCAGUGUUUGUCAAAAUGUUAAUAAUUUUAUCUGUGAAAGGGCUGCAAUUUAAUUGCGAGUUCAAGAAAUGUUUGCUAAUUAGUUUUAUGUUGACUUUUAUUCGAUUAUUUCAAGCCCAUCAGUUGUUUCUGAAUGUGGUUAAGAUAGUCAUAUAUUUUAUGCUCUUCAGUGAAAUACUGAAAUUUAUCAGUGAAAUAAAAUUGAUAUUUUAACUGU